AACUCGGUCUCCAUGGCACUGCUGGCCGGACGAGGGAUGUUAUUUUGGGCAGUGCAUCUGGACUUGGCUAAAGCUGCACCAGCCAAACCUUACUGACCUCUCCCCUGGAGAAGCAAGAGCAGCGCUCGAGGCCGCCCUGGGAGGGCUGAGAGGCAGACUCUGGACUGGGGACACAGGGAUAGCUUAGCUCCAGCUGGGGGUGGAAGCUGAGCCAGGGACAGUCACGGAGGAACAAGGUCAAGAUGCACUUUAACUGAGAAGCCCCCAAGGCAGAGGCUGAAAAUCACAAGACAUUUCAGCAAACAUCUACAAAUCUGAAAGACAAAACAUGGUUCAAGCAUCCAGGCACAGGCGGUCCACCCGUGGCUCCAAAAUGGUCUCCUGGUCCGUGAUAGCAAAGAUCCAGGAAAUACUGCAGAGGAAGAUGGUGCGAGAGUUCCUGGCCGAGUUCAUGAGCACAUAUGUCAUGAUGGUAUUCGGCCUUGGUUCCGUGGCCCAUAUGGUUCUAAAUAAAAAAUACGGGAGCUACCUUGGUGUCAACUUGGGUUUUGGCUUCGGAGUCACCAUGGGAGUGCACGUGGCAGGCCGCAUCUCUGGAGCCCACAUGAACGCAGCUGUGACCUUCGCUAACUGUGCACUGGGCCGUGUGCCCUGGAGGAAGUUUCCGGUCUAUGUGCUGGGGCAGUUCCUGGGCUCCUUCCUGGCAGCUGCCACCAUCUACAGUCUCUUCUACACGGCCAUUCUCCACUUUUCGGGUGGACAGCUGAUGGUGACCGGUCCCGUCGCUACAGCUGGCAUUUUUGCCACCUACCUUCCUGAUCACAUGACAUUGUGGCGGGGCUUCCUGAAUGAGGCGUGGCUGACUGGGAUGCUCCAGCUGUGUCUCUUCGCCAUCACGGACCAGGAGAACAACCCAGCACUGCCAGGAACACAGGCGCUGGUGAUAGGCAUCCUCGUGGUCAUCAUCGGGGUGUCCCUCGGCAUGAACACAGGAUAUGCCAUCAACCCGUCCCGGGACCUGCCCCCCCGCAUCUUUACCUUCAUUGCUGGUUGGGGCAAACAGGUCUUCAGCGAUGGGGAGAACUGGUGGUGGGUGCCAGUGGUGGCACCACUUCUGGGUGCCUAUCUAGGUGGCAUCAUCUACCUGGUCUUCAUUGGCUCCACCAUCCCACGGGAGCCCCUGAAACUGGAGGACUCUGUGGCGUAUGAAGACCACGGGAUAACCGUAUUGCGCAAGACGGGAUCUCAUGAACCCACGAUCUCUCCCCUCACCCUUGUCUCCGUGAGCCCUGCCAACAGAUCUUCAGUCCACCCUGCCCCACCCUUACAUGAAUCCAUGGCCCUAGAGCACCCCUAGAGAUUAUUUGUGAUCCCAUCCCUUCCCCAAUAAAGCAAGGCUUGUCCCACA